AUGGUAGAGAGUGGUGCGAGACAUUCCUUGGCAUCCACAGACCAACUUUACAUCCCUAGGAGUUCAGGCGGACGAGGACUCAAGUCGGUAGAAUCUGAGUAUAAGUUAAUUAAGAUCAAGGCCGCGGUUAAACUGUGUGCAAAUACAGACCCCACGUUAAAGUUGGUACGAGAGUUUGAAGAGAGGGCUGUCGAUAAGGGGCGACGUUCUAUGCUGAAGGACGCGAGCGGUUUCGCAAGAGAGCUUGGGAUUGAGCUCGAACUAGAGCACCCAGAGCCAGUUGGCCGGACAGAGGAAGGGGAACUGGUUGACAAGAAGAAGAUCGGAGUGUUCGCCAAGAAAGCCUUGUACACUAAGCGUCGCCAGGGGAUCGAAGAACAGAGAUGGCAAGGCAAGUUAGUGGCCAAUCGGUGGCAAGACGAUCAGCUCGACAGGAGCUAUUUCUCACUAUUGUGUGAAUGGAGAACUGCUCCCACUUACACAAUAGCAGCACUUGAGGAGUUUUACCAACAGCUCCUCCCGACAAAGGUCUAUAGCACCAGAAAAGCUAAGACAAACGGCGACUCGGAUGUGAAGUGUAGACUAUGCGGGAAGGGACAGGAGAGUGUGGCACAUGUGCUAGCAGGGUGUAGUGCGCUUGCUCAGACUGCGUACUUUACUAGGCACAACGUAUCAUUUAAGAUCCUCUUUUUCGAGCUAUUGAGGGAUCAUGGGCUUGUUAACACGAUACCUCCAUGGUAUUCACCCACCCAACCCAAACCCAUCCAUGAGGGAGAGAAGGUGAUGGCAUACUGGGAUGUUCCAGUCUUUGCAGACCAGACGGAAGUCAGAGCCAACAGGAUAGACGGUCGGAUAGUGGACAAGGCGCGCAAGACGGUAACACUACUGAAGAUGAGCUGCCCAUGGGUAGACAAUCAGGACCACAAAGACGAGGAGAAGAUCAUGAGGUACGCCCCGCUUCGUCUAGAGCUCAAGAGACAGUACCCGGGUUUUAAGAUCAUUCAGUACAACAUAAUCAUCGAUGUCCUGGAAGGGUUCUCGAAAGACCUCAAGAAGAGCGUCAGGGAGCUUGUUGGAUCAGAAAGGAGUACAGCAGUGUUAGGUAGAAUGCAGAAGUCUGUAGUCAGCAAUUCACUCAAGAUUGCAAGAUCUUUGAAAGUCAUGAGUUGA